AUGAAUACCAAUAUAGAAGAUGAAGAUCAAGAGGAUCUGCACAAAAAAGAGUGGCUAAAUCUAAGGCUGGGACAGAACCUGAGAGACUCGAGUCCACAAUCUAAACCGGUCACACCGAAGGUAUGCCACUUUUGUAAGAGGAAAUUCUACAGUCCACAAGCACUGGGUGGUCACCAAAAUGCCCACAGGAGGGAAAGAGAAGCAGCUAAAAGAUACCAAUCACUCAUCAUGCCAUCCAGAUUCUCAGAUGGACAAUUACUUGGAGUGCAGUCCCACUCACUUGUAUAUAAACCAACCAGAGAUGUAGAGGCAGCCUUGGCUAUUUCAGCUGACACCAGUACCACGUAUGGAGCCACUGCGGUUCAAAGCAACGGAGAAAUGGGUUUGAUGUGGCCUGGAAGUUUUUAUUUGGGUCCACAGCUGGCUUCAAAGUCAUCAGAUCCACUUCCACUUGACUUGAAUCUCAAGUUGUAA